AUGGUUUGGGAGAAGGGGUGGGCCUCUGAGCCCCUCCUCUCUUUUUCCCCUCAUUUUCUUACCCUCAUUCCCAACGGCGCCGAUUCAACACAACCAAUCUUCCUGCAGCUUUCAGACUCACUCCGCCAGAGCUUUCUGCCUUUUUCAAUGGCCACCGCACCGGCACAGCCUCCGGUGAAGUCCCAGCCUCUUCACAACUUUGCACUCCCCUUCUUGAAAUGGGGUGCCAGCGGCAAGAACCACACCAACGCCGCGCACCACCACCGCUACCGCCGCCCCUCCUCCCUCCCCUCUGAUCAAGCUUCCGAACCAGACUCCGACCCCGACUCUCGCCCCCACCGCCUCGGAUCCAGGACCGCUCGCAACCGAUUCGCACUCCCCCCGUGCUCCCUCAAGUCGCCACCUCCUCCACCACAACCACCCCAGCGGCCGUCGUGCAACGACGAAACCGACGAUGAAGCCGCGAAGCGCGACCACGAGGACGCCGAGGAGGCUGUGCAGAAGCCGUGGAACUUGCGCCCCCGCAAGCCAGCGCUCCCUAAGUCCGCGCUCGAGAUCGGAACUGGUCCUUCCCGCAACCACGCGAACAACUGUGUGGGAGAGUUCCACGACGCCGUUUCGCACCACGGUGAGAACCCCGCGCCGAAGUCGCUCCGGCUUCGAGGGUUCGCGGACACGCAGUGUUCGGAGAAGAAGGAGAAGAGGAAAUUCUGGAUCGCUCUUUCUAGAGAAGAGAUCGAAGAGGACAUCUUCGUCAUGACUGGGUCCAGGCCUGCCCGCAGGCCCAGGAAACGGCCCAAGAAUGUCCAGAAACAAAUGGACAGUGUUUUCCCUGGCCUAUGGUUAGUGGGGAUAACUGCGGAUGCUUACAGAGUCGCUGAUACACCUACGAAGGUUCUUUCUUUCCGCUGUGAAGCGAAGUUAGACAAGUGGUCGAGAUUGGAGGAGGGUAGCAUGCUUGUAGUUAAAUUAGCCAAAUCAUCAGUUCAAUUUAUUGGAGGCACUGCAUCUCCAUGCAUCCUUCCUGGCUCCGGAAGCGGUUCUGAUGGAAGACACUGA